AUGUUUAAGUUGAGUUAAAGUUAAAGCUACUCUACAAUAGCCGCCAGUGAGAAACUAAAACAAUUCUAGCCCACUUUUGUUUUCUUCUUCUUCUUCUUCUUCUUCUUCUUCUUCUUCAUCCUUCUCCUUUUGAAAAAACGGUGGCGUUUCAACUGAUUGCGGCGGCUACACCUCCAUAUAUUCAUAAACCUCUCUUCCUCUUGGACAUGAACCACCACAACUCCGUUCAAGAAACCAUAAAGAUAUGAGAAAUAGUCAAAUCGGUUCAAUCGUCGGCGGCGGCUCCGAUUCUUUACUAGAUGCAAAGCUUGAACAGCAUCAGAUGUGUGGAUCCAAACACUGCCCUGGUUGCGGCCAUAAGCUUGAAGGAAGGCCGAGGGUUUAUCAGGAUUGGGUCGGCUUACCAGCCGGAGUGAAGUUUGAUCCGACCGAUCAAGAAUUGAUCGAACAUCUCGAAGCAAAAGUUAAAGCAAAAGACAUGAAAUCUCAUCCUUUGAUUGAUGAGUUUAUUCCCACAAUUGAAGGAGAAGAUGGAAUUUGUUAUACCCAUCCCGAGAAACUUCCAGGAGUUAGUAGGGACGGAUUGAGUAGGCAUUUCUUCCACCGGCCGUCGAAAGCGUACACGACGGGGACGAGAAAGCGGAGGAAAAUUCAAACGGAGUGCGACUUACGGGGUGGCGAAACGCGGUGGCACAAGACGGGGAAGACCCGACCGGUGAUGGCGAGUGGCAAGCAAAAGGGCUGCAAGAAAAUCUUGGUUCUUUACACAAACUUCGGCAAGAAUCGGAAGCCGGAAAAGACGAAUUGGGUCAUGCAUCAAUACCAUUUGGGACAGCAUGAGGAAGAGAAAGAAGGAGAAUUGGUGGUGUCGAAGAUAUUUUAUCAGACACAGCCACGGCAGUGCAACUGGUCGGACAGAAGCCUUGCGGCGGCGGAGACAGGUUUUGAGGUUGUUGCAAGUGGGAGCAGCUGUUCUUCCAUGGCUCAAGCCGACGAAAUGUCUCCGGCUGGCGGUGGUGUUGGAGCUUCCAUUUCUAGCUUCAGUUCGUUGGACAUUCAACAUCUCAAAUCUGACCAUUUUGGGUUUGGCCCAUUUAGAACAACAAGCUUUGACGAGGUGGGAAUGAAAGGCCGAACAAGCGGCGGCGCAUGCAGCAGCAGCGGCGAGUUUGAGCUGCGAGACCACCACCAUCAGCUUGUGGUGGCCCACAACGACCAGCAUCGUUCUAUUGUUCACCAUCAUCUACCAACCACAGCCUUCCACAUCAGCAAUCAUCCGAGUCAUCAAAUCUCCGCCAUUAUCUCUCCUCCGCCGCCGCCUCCUCCUCUUCUCCUCCUUGAUCACGAUUCAUUUCAUCAUCCUUCUCCGAUCAUAAUCCAAAAUCAACAAUUUCAUCAGCAGCAGCAGCAGCAGGAGGAAGGUGAAAGUGAGCAUCAUAAAAUGGGAGGAAGGUCGGCGUCAGGCCUGGAAGAACUCAUCAUGGGCUGCACUUCUUCUUCUUCUUCUUCCAUCAAACAUCACCCACCUGAAUCAUCCAUAUCGAGUAGUCGAGAGGCAGAUCAAUGGAUGAAGUAUUCAUCAUUUUGGCCCGAGUCGGACAACCCGAAUCUCCACGGUCAUGGAUAGUCAAAAACAAAAACCAUUCUCCACAUUAUUGGUAUUUUAAGCUUUCAAAUUUGUUGAAUUGAAACACACCCCAAAGUUCAAAUAUAUAUAUAUUUUUG